ACAGUGCCUGCAAGCUUACCCGAAAGCGCAACGGUCGCACCCAACUCCCAUACCCCCGGUCACAGAACCCCUAAACCUCGAAGCCACUGAUAUCUAUCUAGUGAACGACGGCAGCCUGCAACGAUAAUCUCAUAUGUACGUCGUGUCAGUGUAAUAUCGAUUUCAAAUUUAUUUUAAUUGUGUUUCCUGUGUUAUUUUUAUUCCUACAGGUCAAAAUUUCAUAUGAAUUUUAUGUGGGCCUUGUGUACUUUAUUUUAAAAAGUGAUUAAACAUUUUAGUUCAUAAGUUUGUUUAAUUGUGAUAUGGAAUGAUGUCCAGAUUCUAUUUAAAUUCUAACUCGUCCUUAGCAAAUUAUCAGCAAUAUGAAGAGCGUCUUACUGCAAGUGGUCACGGGUCGUUGGCUCUCAGUGGCAGCAGUCCUGGAUACGGCGCCGGUGGAUCCGGCCCCCAUCACCGGGGCUCUGGCGGUUUGCACCACGCUUCAGCCGCUAUGCAGCAUCAAUUGCCUCAACCUGACUUUCAACCGCCUUACUUUCCACCUCCGUUUCACCACCCACCCAGUCCACCACCACAACAACACCUAGACUACCUCACUGAUCCCUAUGGAGGCAUUUCGACACUGCAUCAUUAUAACCAACUAGGACUCAGGCCCCGCGAUGGAGAACCAAAUCAUACUCAUGUGGGCCAAUUGGGUCAUGGUACCAGUUUCCCUUAUAGUACAACUGCAGGUAGCGGGAGACCAGAAUAUGGGGUAGGACCUCAAAGACACGAUGAUUCCUUAUCCCUUCACCAGGCUUUAGGUCAAGCAGUGGAGGAAGCACAAGGUGGAAUAGAUGAUAACACAGGGUUUAUUACAGAUUUACCUUUAUUAAAAAGUAUUAAAGGAGGAAAAGAACAUGGAGGUGGAGCAAUGGUUUCACCUAGUGACGUGUUUUGUUCGGUGCCAGGUCGGUUAUCACUGCUCUCCUCUACCUCAAAGUACAAAGUUACUGUUGGCGAAGUGCAGAGACGGCUGUCACCCCCAGAAUGCUUAAAUGCUUCACUCUUGGGAGGUGUGCUGCGCAGAGCUAAAAGCAAAAACGGGGGAAGAAUAUUACGCGAGAAGCUUGAAAAAAUUGGACUUAAUUUACCAGCAGGGCGCAGAAAGGCAGCCAAUGUAACUUUAUUAACUUCGCUAGUCGAAGGAGAAGCCAUACAUCUUGCCAGGGAUUUCGGAUACGUUUGCGAAACAGAGUUUCCAGCGAGACAGGUAGCCGAAUAUUUUCUUCGUCAAAAUGGUGAAACACCAAGGCGAAAGGAACAACUCCAGGCAACCAAACAAAUAACCAAGGAGUUAAUGGACUUACUUAACCAAGAUCGCUCGCCUUUAUGCAACACACGACCCCAAAUUCUAUUGGAUCCUUCUAUUCAAAGACACCUUACUCACUUUUCGCUCAUAAGUCAUGGAUUUGGAAGUCCUGCGAUAGUGGCAGCACUGACGGCUAUUCAAAACUUUCUGAGCGAAUCGCUUAAACACCUUGACAAAGUAUUUCCUAAUCAGAAUACUCAACAAGGCCAACCUAUGCUAGUGACUUCGUCGUUGGAUAAAGCCAAGCUUGACGAUAAAAAGUGACCAUAUUGUAUAGUGCCAACAAAAUCAGUACUUUUUUUAAGUGUUGUGAUCUUAAUAAAACGUUUGAAACGUACAUAUCGCGGCGUUUUUUUUGUUUAUUUGUUUUAAGACUUUGUUAUAUAAGAAUUGUAUUUGUUUAUUAUAUAUUAUAAUUAUUGCCGAAUAAAAUAUUUUGUUUAGACAGUGCCAAUGCCAAGAAUGUAUUUAAAUUUUGGGUAAAAUAAAU